UUUUUAGUACACGUCAAAGUAAAAAGCCCCACGUAUAGAUUAACAUUGCUGCUUAAUUAAAUAAUACAAUUUCUAUCUUUGUCAAAGCGUAUAUUAAACUUAUUCAUUAAGAAUUAAAUAAAAUACAUUUUAACAGUGAUAUUAAUAAGAUUUAGUAUACGGUGUUUCACGUGAAUAUGAGAUGGCAAAAAUCGUAGCGUGUGCAUUAUUAAUUUAUUUAAGUUUAAUUUGUAAUAUAUUAAAUGCUAAUGAACAACAUGAUAAUGAUAUUAAAGAUACAAAUACAAGAUCAACGUACCAAAGUCCAAAGCCAUCUGGAUUUGUUUACUUAGCAGAACAUUUUGACAAUAAGGAAAGAUUUGAUACUACCUGGGUAUUAUCAGAAGCUAAAAAAGAUCAUAUCGAUGAAGAUAUAGCCAAAUAUGAUGGAAUCUGGACUAUCGAAGAGCCUAAAAGACCUAUACAAGAUGGUGACUUAGGUUUAGUAUUGAAAAGCAAAGCUAGACAUGCAGCUAUUUCUACUUUAUUAAGUACUCCUUUUCAUUUCAAUGAUAAACCAUUAAUUGUACAAUAUGAGGUUAAUUUUCAAGACGGUCAAGAAUGUGGUGGCGCAUACCUUAAAUUAUUAACGCUUGAUCCUAAAAAUAAGGAAUCAAAUUUAAAAAACUUUCAUGAUAAAACUCCAUAUACUAUUAUGUUUGGACCAGAUAAGUGUGGGAAUGAUCAUAAGCUACAUUUUAUUUUCUGCCAUAAAAAUCCUUUAAAUGGUAUAGUAGAAGAGAAACAUAGUAAGAAGCCAAAGGAGAGAUUGGAAGAUUUCUUUAAAGAUAAACAACCACAUUUAUAUACUUUAAUAGUUCGUCCUAAUAACACUUUUGAAAUCAAAGUUGACAAUAAGAUUGUAAAUACAGGAUCGUUAUUAGACGAUUUUAUUCCUCCUGUAAAUCCACCUUUAGAAAUAGAAGAUCCAAAUGAUAAACAACCCGAUGAUUGGGACGAUAGAGAAAAAAUCUCUGAUCCGUCAGCAGUUAAACCUGAUGAUUGGGAUGAAGAUGCUCCAGCUCAAAUAGUGGAUGAAGAAGAUGUUAUGCCAGAAGGUUGGUUGGAAGAUGAGCCACCUAUGAUACCAAAUACUGAUUCUGUUAAGCCUGAAGAUUGGGACGUUGAUAUGGAUGGAGAAUGGGCACCUCCAGAAAUACCAAAUCCUAAAUGCGCAGAUGCUCCAGGUUGUGGUCCUUACAAGCAGAAAAUGAAGAAGAAUCCACGUUAUAAAGGAAAAUGGUUACCCCCAUUGAUUAAUAAUCCUAAUUACAGUGGAAAAUGGAAACCUAAAUUAAUUCAUAAUCCUGAUUAUUUUAAUGACGAACAUCCAUUCUUAAUGUCAUCAAUUUAUGCUAUUGGAUUUGAACUGUGGUCCAUGUCUUCUGAUAUUAUUUUUGACAAUAUUCUUAUUACCGAUGACGAAGAAGUUGCAAGAAAAUGGUCCGAUGAAACAUUUGAAGUGAGACGAGUUAAAAUUGCUGAAGAAAGUGAAACAUUUUGGGGACGUAUGAUGCGUUCCAUGAACUACAAACCUGGCUGGUGGGCCCUUUAUUUUUGUUACUGUAUGGUACCAAUCACAAUAUAUGUUUGGUAUUUAAUAAAACGUUCACGCGAGGAAAAAAAUGAUGGUAAAGAAGAGGAAAAGGAAACUUUAGAUAUUAAUAAAGAAUUACUAAAUAAUGAAGAAGAAGAAGAAGAAGAAGGAGAAACUCAGCAAGAGGCAGCUAUAGAAGAAAACAAAGAAAUUGAAAAUACAAGUGAAACAGAGGAGAUCAUUGAAUCUAAAAUGGAUAAAUCUAGUGGUGAAGAUGGUCCAAGGCGAAGAAAACCAAAUAAAGAAUAAUAAACAUAAAAAUAAAUAUAAGAAAAAAAUUUAUUGUUAAAGUGUUCGUCAUACUUUCACAUUCCACAUUAUGCUUGUCAUUGUGGAUAGUAGUAUUAUCAAUCACUAAAUAUGCGAUGUUUUCAUUAGCAAUUAGUUCCUUGUUUAGAGAUAUGCUAAGGGAUGUGCUUCAAUUUUAAGUAUAGUUUAUCAUUAUAUAAUAAUUUAAAAAAAAAAAAAAACGUCCUUGUGUACUGUACACAGUAAGUAUAUUUAUAAUAUAUUAAAAAAAAAAAAACUCGACUCUCUUAUGUGCAUUUCAAUAUUCAUAUGAGAGAUUUUCACGUAUGUAAUAAAUAUCACUUUAGCUGAUAGAAACUUCUUACCUCGUAGUAAUGCGACAAUUAUUUAAAGUACGGAGGAAAGUUGGUCAAAUGGGAAAAACUAUGUUGACCAAUGUUAAGAAAUCUU